AUGGCCUCGCUCCUCCAGACUGCCGAAACCGCCGUCCUCUCCAAGAUCCCUGGCGCCGAUCCUCGCCCCGCUCAGAAGGCUCAGGCUUUCAGCGGCAUGAAUGACGGCCCUGCCGUCACCGCCAGUCGCCUAACGGGCCUCACACAGAAGGACGUCGCCCGCGACGAUGCUUCCCUCUAUACCACCAAUUUUGGCCAGAUCCUGCCAGACUCGGCUCACUCGCUCAACGUCGGAGGCAUCCCGACCACCAUCGACACCGCUCUCUUCGAGAAGCAGCAGACGUUCAAUCGCUCCAAGACGCGCGAGCGCAUUGUACACCCCUGCGGAUCCGCCGCGUUCGGUUCCUUCACCGUCACGCACGAUGUCAGCAAGUACACGAAGGCCGACUUCUCCAGCCAGGCACCUUUCUUCGUCCGCGAACCCUUCAUGGGCCCCGAUGUCAUCCGCUCUCAGCAGCGCAACCCUCGCAACUUCCUCAUCGACUAUAACGCCUGGUUUGACUUCCUCGCCAACGUACCGGAGUCGCACUACGCAGGCGCCGUGCUUCUCUCGGACGAAGGCACACCCGUUGGCUGGAAGCACAUGAAUGGCUUCGGCUGCCACACAUUCCGCUGGACCAACAAGGAGGGCGGCAGCGUCUUUGUCAAGCAUCACUGGAUCUGCCAGCAGGAAAAGAAGAACUUCACCUACGACGAAGCUGUCAGGAUGUGCGGCGAGGACCCGGACUACGCCAAGCGCGAUCUCUGGGAGUACAUCGAGAACGGCAAUGCGGCUCGCUGGACGAUGAAGGUCCAGCUCAUGACGCCUGAGGAGGCGACGACCGUCGACUUCGACCCGUUCGACGUCACCAAGUUCUGGCCUGAGUCGCAGUUCCCGCUUGUCGAGGUGGGAGAACUUAAGCUCGACAGGAACCCGGAGGACUACCACCGCGAUGUCGAGCAGGCCGCCUUCUCCCCCGGCUCGCUCGUUCCCGGUAUCGAGCUUUCGCCUGACUCGCUUCUCUGCUGGAGGGCGUGGUUCUACCGCGACACACAAUACGACCGCCUUGGCAGCGCCAACAUCCACCAGAUCCCCGUCAACUGCCCGUUCAUGGCAAAGCAGCACUCGCCCGACAACUACGCUGGCAACAUGCGCGUCGACGGCAACACUCUUAGCAAGCCCGUCUACUUCCCGAAUUCGUACCACUCGAAGGCGCCGACGACCGACACGACUCCAUCGUUCGACGUUACCGCCGUCGAGACGCCGAUGCAGGUCGCCUCGAACGUGCUCUCUCGCAAGAGUCACUACCGCCACGAGGGCCAGCCGAGCGAGUACUGGGCGGCUAAGGACUUCUACCUGAACCAGCUCGACGCCCAAGGCAGGGCGAACUUGCACUCGAACACGGGUCGCCUGCUCAAGUUCGCAGACGAGAUCGUCAAGAAGAACUACCUCAUCCAACUCUACGCCAUCUCGCCCAACUACGCCAACGGCGUUUACGAAGGUCUUCCCGAGAAGCCCAAGACGUUCGCGAUGGACGAGGUCGCCGAAGCGAGCAAGACGGCUCACCUCGUCGGCAAGAACCCGUAG